AUGGAGCCCAACGGGACGGCGGCGGCGGGGGACAACGGGACGGCGGCGGCGGCGGGCGGCGGGGGAGCCCCCGGGAGCGGCCCCCUGCUCAUCCCCUCGGCCUUCGGGACGGUGCUGUCGGUGAUGUACGUGGCCGGGGUGGCCGGCAAUGUCUACACGCUGGUGGUGAUGUGCCACUCGGCGCGCUGCGCCGCCCCCAUGUACAGCUCCAUCGUCAGCCUGGCCCUGGCCGACCUGCUCUACCUCUCCACCAUCCCCUUCAUCGUCUGCACCUACCUGGCCCAGGACUGGUACUUCGGGGACCUGGGCUGCCGCAUCCUGCUCAGCCUGGACCUGCUCACCAUGCACGCCAGCAUCUUCACCCUGACCCUCAUGUGCACCGAGCGCUACCUGGCCGUCACCCGGCCCCUGGACACCCUGAAGCGGUCGCGGGGCUACCGGAAGGUCACGGCGGGGGCCGUGUGGUCGGUGUCGCUGCUGCUCACGCUGCCCAUGAUGCUGAUGGUCACGCUGACCGAGGGGGGCAAGGCAGAGGGCAAGGUGAAGAGGAUGUGUGCGCCCACCUGGAGCGUGGACGCCUACAGGACCUACCUGACCGUGCUCUUCAGCACCAGCAUCAUGGCCCCGGGCAUCAUCAUCGGCUUCCUCUACACGCGCCUGGCCAGGACCUACCUGGAGUCCCAGAGGAACCCCCCCCACAAGGAGAAGAGCAAGAGGUCCCCCCGGCAGAAGGUCCUCAUCAUGAUUUUCAGCAUCGUGCUGGUCUUCUGGGCCUGCUUCCUGCCCUUUUGGAUCUGGCAGCUGGUGCGCCUCUACAGCAGCUCCCUGCAUCUCACCACCCAAACCCAGAAGUGCAUUAACUACCUGGUGACCUGCCUGACCUACAGCAACAGCUGCAUCAACCCUUUCCUCUACACCCUGCUCACCAAAAACUACCGGGAGUACCUGCGCAACCGGCACCGCAACUUCUACAGGUUCACGUCGUCCUUCCGCAAGAGGGGCUCCAACCUGCAGUGCUCCUGGGGCCGCUCCAUGUCCUCCAGCAACCAGUAUGACUACAGCUCCGAGGCGCUGGGCAUGGCCACGCUCAAGGACAAGUGAGGAAGAGGAGGCGCUGCCAACACGCAGAGAGCAGCAGAGCGUCCGGCCAAGGUAGGGCUGCGGGGACCCCCUGGCCCUGAAGGGUUCUGAAAUCUCGUUUUUGGUGCUCUCUCUCUCUGGAGAGGGGCAAGAAGUUGUGUGGAUCCGAGUGCUGCUGAUGAGUCUGGAGUUCCAUCCGGCUGAGGGAUGUUGAGGGGGGUCCUGCCAGGAGCCAGCAGCUGUUUGGGACAAAUCCUGCAGGGUUUGGGGUGCAGAAGAUGAGGUGGAUGUUCUGCUCGGUUCUGCCAUGAACUGGUUUCACGCCUGGCUGAGUUUCGGCUCCAGCCCCUCACAUCGUGUGGUUUCUCAGUGCUGUCCUGGGGCUGCAGCUGGGUCAGAGCUGCAGAAAUCUGAAAUUGGCCCUGCAGGGUUUGGGGUGCAGAGGAUGAGGUGGAUGUUCUGCUGAAGGUUGUGCCAUGAACUGCUUUCACACCUGGCUGAUUUCGGC